AUGCGAAGGUGACGUGCUCGCUCAUGGUGGGUAGCGGGGAGAGGGCACGUUUCGCCGCUCCUGCUGCUCAACCCGCCAGGCCGCGACGCCGCAGCGAACACCCUCCUUUCACUCCUUUCCCUUUCUUAGGAUCGGGGAGACACCCUCUCCGCUGCUCGGGCUGAAACACUAUUCCCCGAUGCGUCUCUCCGCUGACUAGUUUCCGACUGGCCGCAUUUCAGUUCAGCCGCUGGAACCACCGCACACUGUCCCUCUGCAGCGCUCGGCUUUAGUCAACGACUGAUUACCCCUGGGCCCGAGCUCCGAACCACUCUAGGGCAAGAUGGCGACUACCCGCUUCCUCUCAGGCUUCGGCAGCACACUCGACUGGAGACCGCUGCAGUUCGUCGAUCACAUGCCGGACAUCCGCAUUUGCAACCUGUGUGGCAUCGUGGCACGUAUGACCAUGUUGCUUCCCUGUUCGCACGUCCUUUGCAAGGUCUGCUACGGCCAGGUUAAGGACAAGAAUCAGUCCUGCCCGGUGGACAGAAAGAAAAUAAUCGAGGAGCAGGUGCAGACACUGGAGCUGAAGGAGGACCAACUGGAUGACCGCCGUGUCCUCUGCCUGAAUUCAAGGCGGGGCUGCAGUUUCAUGGGCACUAUCACAGAUUUCAAGGAGCACAUCGAGCACGACUGUGACUACUACGAGGUAUCAUGUCCGAAAUGUGGCAGCAGUGUGACGCACAUGAAGAUUCUGGAGCAUUGUCUGGGUUCUUGCGUCGAAGGAACCAUCUCCAUCAUUCCUAACGCGAACGAAUCGGUGCUCGGAGAUCUUCAGAAGAUUAGACUGUCGCUCGACGAUGCACUUGAAGGCAUGUCGCAGAAGAAAGUCGCUGUCCAGGGCAAGGUCAAUGGCCUCGUGGAGUGCUUGGACGGGUAUACGAGCCAGAUCAAGUCCUUGCAGGGCUUGCUCCGGGAUGCCAUUGACUCUAGCCAGCUGGCCCGAGUGCACAUUCCACCUGCUCUAGCCGAUGGCAAGCGCAGCGGGUGUGCAGCGGGCGCCGCCAUUGUGGACAGAACGUACAUCUGCCUGAGCCAAAUCUACAAGCGCAAGUCGUCGCUGAGCGGCGGCGUAAGCACGCGUGAAGUCAGCCCAGCCUGUAUCCUAGCCGGGUACUCCUUGAUGGUGGAGAGCAAGUUCGCCGAAAAGGACCAGCUUCUCCACCUUGAAUUCGGAGUGAUGUUUUGUGCUGGGAGCUGGGACAGCUUCGUGUCUUGGCCUUUUUCUCGACAGGUGACCCUGACUUUGGUGCAUCCGGCCGAUGAGCGGAGAAACAUGUCGCUGCCCGUAUCGGUGCCUGAGGACACAGAGCGCUUUGAGUGCGUUAAGAAACCUUCACCUGAUGGAGUCAACGCAGCAAUGCGCACGCGCUCGGUUGUAUGGAACCAACUUGAGCUCUCAGGCUUCAUAGCCAAUGAUUCUCUGUGCAUUUCAAUAGAAAUGGAAUGACGCUCCGGAGCCCAGCUCUCUCGGCCUAGCUCGGGCCUUACCCUAGGCGAGCUUGCUGCAUCAGAGCAAAAAGUGGCUCCGGCACGACGUCCAACUUUGCGGCUAAGCACUAUUGCCUAUACGCAAUUGUUUCUAAUCCUUCUUUUACUCUCAUUUUGUUUCUUUUUAUUUUCUUGACCACUAACAAUUUUAUCUGUCUUUACUACUAACAUUUUAUGCGCACAUAAAUGCAACUCUAAUUCUUCCUUAUUUGCACCAUCACAUUCCACACAAUCACGGUGUGAUGACAGGAGCGUCAGAUGAUACUGCGACCAGUUUAAUAGCGCAAUACGCCUUCAUGCCCCUAAUCUCAUCAGGUAAUCGCAAACGACACCUAUUGUAUCUGCCUACUUAUUGUUACUGAAUAAAUAAAUAUUUGAAAUUCAAA